AUGCUGGGGUGUGUGCAAGUAAUUGCUGGUUUUGCAGCACUUAUCUUUCUCCUUUAUCAUUUUCAUAGAAGCCGGUGUUGCAGAGACCCUCUCGUACCAGAUUGGCCUCUAUUGGGGAUGUUGCCACAUCUUCUCAUAAAUUUGCGGCAGAUUCAUGACUACGCAACACAAAUUCUGCAAAGAAAUGGUGGUACCGGUAGUUUCCUCGGACCUUGGUUUACUGGUAUGAACUAUUUGGCGACCUGCGACCCCAUGAACGUACAUCACAUUUUGAGCAAGAAUUUCAACAACUACAUUAGAGGGCCCGAGUUUCGUGAGGAUUUUGAAGCUUUUGGGGUUGGCGUUGUCACUGCAGAUUCAGAUACAUGGAAAUACCACAGGAUACUCUCCCAGUCGUUGUUUAAAACCAGGAGUUUUCAGAUGCUUAUGGAGAAGAAUGUUCGAAAGAAGGUGGAAACAAGUCUCCUUCCUCUUCUUGAUCAUGUUUUAAGGGAAGGGAUUGAAGUGGACCUGCAAGACGUGUUCAAUCGCUUCAACUUUGAUGUUGUUUGCUCCAAUAUCUUAGGAUAUGAGCCAGAGAGCCUUGCCAUUGAUUUCCCCAGAGUUGCAUGUGAGAGGGCUUUUACUGAAGCGGAGGAGUUUAUAUUCUAUAGGCACACAGUACCUAAAAGCAUUUGGAAGCUUCAGAGAUGGCUUAAAAUUGGAUCAGAGAAGAAACUGGCCCUAGCAUGUGAAGUUCUUGACGGAUUCCUCUACGAAAGUAUAGCAUCAAAGAGAGAAAAGAUCAGCAAAGAGAACGAAAAAGAUAAAGAAAACGAUGAUGACUUGUUGACAUGUAUGAUGAGGAAGGAAGAAGGAAAAGAACAUGCGAAUGACCAGUUUCUGAGAGACGCCACUUUUAAUCUUUUUCUUGCAGGAAGAGACACUAUAUCCGCAGCUCUGAGUUGGUUCUUUUGGCUUCUUGCUAAACACCCUUCAGUAGAAGCGAAGAUCCUUGAAGAGAUCAAAGAAGAAAAGGAAGCACAGUAUCAAGUAUAUCUCCACGCUGCUUUAAGCGAAGCUAUGAGACUGUACCCUCCCGUACCUUUUGAGCGCAAGCAAGCAAUCAAACACGACAUACUUCCUAGUGGACACGAGGUUGGUCCUGGUUCUGUGAUAAUAUUAUCUUUAUAUGCAAUGGGAAGAUGUGAAGAUGUAUGGGGAAAAGACUGCUUGGAAUUCAAACCAGAGAGGUGGAUCUCAGAGAGAGGAAGCAUUGUUCCUAUACCGUCAUAUAAAUUUAUCAGCUUCAACUCAGGGCCAAGGAGUUGUCUGGGUAAGGACCUGUCCUUCAUUCAAAUGAAGAUUAUGGCUACUGAUAUCUUAAAGAAUUAUCAUUUCCAAGUGGUGGGAGAUCAUCCUGUUUAUCCCACACUUUCAAUAAUGCUUCUAAUGAAGUAUGGUCUCAAAGUUCGGGUCACUAAGAGAGAUGGUCAUAUGAUGGAAGAAGAUGGAAAUUAA